GCAUGGUCCCACAUACCAAUAAAAAAAUUAUCGAACUGGACCUUACACGGCGAUAUAAUACAAUAGAAGCAUUAAGGCUUAUUAUUGAUGGUUGGAAAGAUCCCCGGUUUAGUAUUAAUACUAAUGCACUCUCCGACCUCAUCAAGGACCCGCUUCUUUAUAAA